AUGACCGAACUGUCGAUGUUAUAUCCAAGCAUCGUAACAACACCAUCGGUUUCAACAGCACAAAUAAAUAUGCAACAACAGAAAAUUAUUGAUGACGAUGUUGAUGAGGAAGAUGAUGUUGGAUCUAUUUCAUCGGAUGAAACGCAUUUACAGUCUACAGGACAGUCACUUGGUUCUAGCUGCAAUAAAAGUUCCACAGAUUCACAUGUAAAGCGGCCAAUGAAUGCAUUUAUGGUGUGGUCGAGGGGACAGAGGAGAAAAAUGGCUCAAGAUAAUCCGAAGAUGCAUAAUAGUGAAAUUAGUAAACGACUUGGUGCUGAAUGGAAGCAGCUAUGUGAUGCUGAAAAGAGGCCGUUUAUUGAUGAAGCUAAACGGCUAAGGGCCUUACAUAUGAAAGAACAUCCGGAUUAUAAAUAUCGGCCUCGAAGAAAACCAAAAAAUGUUGUAAAACCAAAAGAAAAGUAUUCGUUCCCACUCCCUUUUUCGACGUUUCCGCCUACUAAUUUAUUAGGACAAAGCGCAGUACCUCAUCCGGGUCCUUUUUAUCCCCAAAUGCAUCCACUUGAUGUUGCUGCUAAAUUUGCAGCUGAUAGUGCAGCGCUGUCUAAGGCUGCUGAAUUCCCAUAUUAUUCUACGUUUUUCAAUCCUUCAGCUUCUGUGAAUUCUCCAAGAAGCUUAAUGGCGGGAUGUAACCCCUAUGAUUUACAAAGAAAUGUUCUUGCUGCAUAUGCGAUAAAAAGUAAUGCUAUGGCUCAUGCUGCUGCUGCAGUAGCUGCAGCUCAGUCUCCGCAAACAACUUCCAGUCCACCGUCAAACACUUCAUCAUUACAAGCUUCGGUGUGA